AUGCAAAAUAAUAUACCGAUAAUCGUUUGGCUCGAUUCAAAUUCUACCGAUUCAGCCAGUAGCUUUCUUUCAAAAUUAAGAAAUUAUCAAUAUGUACAAAUAUUUACUGAAGUUCAUGCAUGCCUUUCUUAUAUCAAUUCUCAUUUAGAACAAACAAUUAUUCUCAUCACUUCUGGCUCGUUCGCUUUACAAAUUGUACCAUUAAUCUAUGAUUCUGCCAAUGUUCUUAUCACAUUCGUAUUUUGCGCAUCAAUAAAAACAUAUACCAAUUGGGCCAUGGACUACUGUGAUAAAUUAAUGAUGUUCGAUCAUGAAGACGAUUUAUUACAGAGAUUAUGGUUACAAAUUGAAGAAUAUCUACGUGAACAAGCUAAACAAUGUCUUAAAAUAGCGGAUGAAUGCAAGGAACGCGCACAACAAUUAAAGCAACCAUGUGGUUAA